CAUGUGUAAACAACGUCUUUAGAAGAAAUGAUGAACAAAAUUGUGUUUUUAAUCAUAGUAUUUAUCAAUAUUAUUGAUGAUGUUAAUUUAUUUAUAAAUGCAAAUCCAAACGUCGAAUUUAUAUUAGGUAAAAUAGAGCAACAACUGUUUAAACAUGACAAACAAACUACUGCUGUAUUAAAGAAUGUUGAAAACAAAUUAAAUGAUAUCCUUCACUUUUCGCAUUCGCUGUCUUGUAAUACAGAUCAACAAUGUUGUACGAAAAUUAAUAAUGUUUCCAAUGAUAUUGAAAACAUUAAACUGGAAAUUAUUGGGAGCGUAAAUAAAAUAACGACAUUAACAGAAAAUUCAAAUUCUCAAAAUGUUCUUUUGAAUAACCUUCUAACGAUACAUGACAGCUUAAAAAGGCUUAAUAAACAACAAGUGGAUGACAUAAACGAUCUCAAACAUGCCAUCAAUUCCGUUAUUUCUAAAAAACUUGAUGUAAAUCGACAAAUGUUAGAAACAUUACAUAAAACGAACACCGUUGGAAUAAAUGACUCAGAACUAUUAACAAAAUUAAAAAAUGAAGUAGAUAUUAUUUCAAAUAAUCUCAUUAAUUUAAUCAACGAAGAUGUUACAUCGAGUAUAAAUAAAAUUAUCACAGAAUCGAUAAAAGAAUUAAUAAAAGAAAAGGAUAUUAAAAUUAAUGAACUAUCUACUCAAUUAAGAAGAAUUGAAUUAAAUCAAAAAGAAAUAAUUUCAAAACUAAAUUUAAAAAAUCAAAAUAAUGCACUAGAUACGAAACAAUUAAUUAAUAACGUCACCAUUGAAAAUGAGUACAAUCGAAAAAAGAGUGUUGACCAACUUAUAGUUCAAAUUGAUACUAUUAAAAAUGACAUUACAAACUAUCUUACUGUUCAAGCUAAAGAAACCACAACGUUAUACCAGCAAGAAUCUGAAAAAAUUUUCCAAAUGCGAAAAACUGUUGACGAAAUUUUGGUUAGGAUUAAAACGAUUGAAAAUGGCCUUAACGAAAAACAUUACGAAAAAUCACUUGAUUUAUUUGAAGUUAAAAUGAAUAUUUUUGAAGUCGAAUUACAAGACAUUAAACUUCAGAACAAAGAAGUUUUAAAUAUGCUUCAACAUUUUCGUAACAGUGCUUCUUAUAGCGUUUAUACAAGUUUUAACAAUAGUGAAUACUUACCAAAUGAAUAUUCUAAUUUCGGAAAUGAUAGUUAUGAACACUAUAGCGAAUCUGAGCAAUAAUCAUAAUUGUUGACAUUUUCAAAUAUUUUAUUUCACAUUGUAUUUUUUAUAAAUGAUUAUGCUGGUAAGAGACUCUUGAAUAAGUUGAAUACUUAGCUAAUAAAAAUUAUUUCUACAAGAUUAAUACAGUUAAAAGUUUUAAAAUAAGUUCUAACGUCUUG